CCACGAGCAGAGGCAGAUCAACGGAGCAGACAAGGACCCGGGUUGAGGCAGCAGCAGCAUCCGCACCAGCAGCGCCGCCACAAAGAGAGCUCAGUGCUGGUUAAAGCUCGACUCUCCGCUCCUUCUGCUCCCGGGUUUGAGAUGCUCCGGCUCGGCGGAAAGAUGUGCGGCUUCUCGGCCCUGCUCCCGGUGCUUCUUGCCGGUCUCGCGGCGGCGUCUUCGGAUCUGUUUGACAACCAACUGGGCGACAUCAAUUACUGCAAAAAGCAAUGCCAGCUCACCAUCAAAAACAAAAGCCCUGCUAAAGACUCCAUAAUGAACGCCUGUCACCGCGGCUGUCGCCUCUACUCCAUCUGCCAGUUCGUCAAUGGCAACGCCGGCUUCAAUACCAGCAGGGAGGAGUGUCAGGGAGCUUGCCAGGAGGCAUAUAUUAAGCAGCUGGAGCAGGAGGCUUGCUGCACCGGCUGUGCCAGCCAACCCUCUGAACCUGAGAUCAAGAGGAGGAAGCUCAGGGCCAUGACUCUCCGCCCUAAGCCCCCCAGUGUGAUGGAGGCCGUGUCCAGUUGGUGCAACGACAUUGUCAGCUCCGCGCAGAGCUUCAUCUCCUCCACCUGGACUUUCUACCUGCAGGCUGAUGAUGGCAAGGUUGUGGUUUUCCAGAGCCAACCAGAGAUGGAGUACUCUCUGCCCGAGCUGCAGGCUCCUCGAUCCAACGUGGCGGACAAACCCUGGCCUCAGGUCCACUCUCACACCCAGAGACCUCAUGGUGUGAGGGGACAUGGCGAGAGGGGAGCAUCCAAAGCAGGAGGCAAAGGGAAGCACCCCGUCCAGCACGCAGACGACCCCACGGCCGAGCACGACUUCCUCGGCUGCAUGUCAAGACGUUCGGGCCUUCCACGCUGGAUUUUAGCCGCCUGUCUCUUCCUGUCCAUCAUGGUCAUGCUGUGGCUCAGCUGUGCCAGCCUCGUCACCGCACCAGAGCAGCACAUCAAGACGCAGCUGAGUAUCAACGGAGAUAAAGAGUUUCUGGAUAAUGCCCACAAAGUCAACCCGUACCACCUGAGUCCUGUGAUCGCCGUCGCCAUGAAACAAUCGGAGGACAGCCAGGAGGCCGGGCCGCUGCCGGUGAAAGUUGAUCUCAACAAAACCUGCGUUUAGAAAGGGACCAAUGGGGAGAGCUGCUGUCUUGUUUCCCAGGGUAACCAUGUCUGAAAUCCCUGACCCGUCUGUGCAAGGGGUGAAACAAACACAUCACAGGACUCAACCAGUCACCAGAAUCUUUUUAAAAGCAUAUUUUUAAGAGCAUGGCACCCUCCCGUCAUUUAAAAUUAUGAUACUAAAAACAUCUUUGCUUGGUCUUGUUGGUCUGAUGGCAUUUGAUUUCCUUGUACAGCCCAGAGUCCAACCUUUACAUUAUCCUUAAUGCUCAUUGCUUAUUGAUAAGUCAGUGCUCUUGUCUCAGAGCCACGCUGGAGACAAGCAGAGAGGAUUGAUUACAGCUGAGAGCUUUCAUAUCAUUUUUCAUGUCUCGCACGGACAGCAGAAGACAAACGCUGAGAUUCAAUUUAGACUUUAAUUCUGCCUCGUUCUCACAGAGAGUUUGGAGUAAUUGAUAGGUUGCUGAAAACAAAAACAAAAAAGGGAUGAGAGAGCGAGAGAGGAAAGGAAGAUGGAUGGCAGGUGGGCUAAAUACUUUGAGAGCGCUGCAGGAAUUAUUAGACAUUUUAAAUCAUGUUUUCCCCCUUGUAGGUAGAGCCACACAGUGUCACCGAGUUUAGAGAAACAAAGACGUACUUACUCCAAAAACUAAAAUAGUGUCUUUUCCACUAUGUGUUUGUGUGUGUUUGGAUCUGUCUGGGUGUGUGUGUGUGUGUGUGUGUGUGUGUGUGUGUGUGUGUGUGUACAACUACACACACAGCACAAUUAUACUAGAAACUAACCGGACGCUCUGUCUGAGAAUGAGCAGAAUAAACACUUUAUUUAUUUUCUACUCUUAUUUAUUCAGAACCAUCAGGAUUUAUCCAUUUAAAAAGUUAUUGAAGUGCCAUGUACAGUUCAUUUAUCAUGCAAAUGUACUACAUCUGUAUGUAAAAUACAUUUUGAUUUGAAAGAGACACAUAGAGGGGAGAUUGCACCUAUUACUGUAUUAUUCUGACUAUCAUAUUAUUGCUCUUAUAUCACUUGAAGAGUUCUUAGCUGUUAUAUGUGCCACGUGCUUUCUAAUAGCUGACUAUUUUGUAUGUCCUAGGAGCACGCACUGCAGGAUACCCUCUGUAACAACGUGUAAUGCAAAGCGUUUAACAUAGACCAUUGUUAUUGAACAAAGUUGCACAGUCUUAGAUUUUCGGUUUUCCUCUCAGUGCUUUUGAUGUCCUGUAACGCUUUCUUUUCCUCCAGGCUAUGUAGACAAUAAACCGUGCAUGCAAGUGACGCUUCAAUAGUUUAUAGCUUAACCGCCCGCCAUGCCAGUAUGGCAAGACUCUACUGUAGACGUGUGAUUUUUUGUGUUACUAUUUACUGUAAACAUUGAAUAGAAUGUGUAAUACUGAAUGAUGAUAUCCUCAUGAUUUACAGGAAGGACUCUUAAUUAAAAAGCCAUUUCAAUCGAUUUCUGUGCUGGGUUUAAACUGACGGUAGGAUAUAUCACAAGGAGUAUGAUGUUGGAUUUCAAACUGUAUUGUUUCCUUUUUACUGGUCUGUUUAUUUUCAAUGAAAUGAUACUUACAACAUGAUGAAAUAAAGUGUUUUCAUUGUAAA